GGAACUGGGCAAAGGUUGGGAAAGUUGGGCGGAGCCUUGUGCUUUCGGCAGCUCUGCUGGGUGCCGUGAGGGAGAUCUAACUUGGCUUGGAGAAAAACACCUGGGGGGCCACCUGCCCCCUGAGGGACCUCAAUCUCCGAUGGGGCUCCCCUGGGGCUGUGGCUGCCCCAACCUCACCACCUAUGCCAGGGGCCUCCUGACUUUCCUCGUCACUCUACUGGGCUCAGCCCAGCUCACAGUGGUGGGAACAGGACACCCUGUCACUGCCACUGUGGGGCAGGAUGUCGUGCUGCCCUGCCACUUGUCCCCUCAACGCGAUGCUCACAGCUUGGACGUCAGGUGGAUCCGGGACCAUAUCUCUGAGACAGUGCACCACUACCGCAAUGGACAGGACCUGUACAGGGAGCAGAUGGGGGCAUAUGCCGGGAGGACAGAGUUGCUCAGAGAUGGUCUCUCUACUGGAAGGCUGGACUUGCGAAUCACAGGGCUGAGACCCUCUGAUGAUGGCCAGUACGUCUGCACUGUGGGAGAUGCUGAUGCUUAUGCUGAAGCCAUUGUGGAGCUGGAGGUGUCAGCCACAGGAACUGACCCCCACCUCUCCCUGGGGGGCUACGAGGCCGGAGGUGUCCGGGUGCUGUGUCGAUCGGCCGGCUGGUACCCGCUGCCGCAGCUGCUGUGGAGGGAUGCUCGUGGGCAGCACCUGCCCUCGGACCCCCAGACACAUUCCCAGGACCAGGAGGGGCUCUUUGAAAUCGAAGGCGCCGUCAUCGUGACCGGGAGCGUGGAGGGGCCCUUGUCCUGCGUGGUCAGGAACAGCCACCUCCAGCAGGAGAGGAAAUUUUCCCUGCACAUUGCAGCUCCCUUCUUCCACAACGCCCAGCCCUGGAUGGUGGCUCUGGCUCUGGUCCUCGUGCUUUUGGCUGUGUCCAUUGGCCUCAGUGUUUACCUCUUUGUAAAGAAAAUGGCACAGAGACGAGAGCUGGGAGAGUCCUUGCAGUCCCUGCCCCCAGCCCCUGGGGAAGUGGUGUCUGUGCGGGAGGGCCUGGUCUGGGUGGGCUCUGGGGGCUUGUGUGCUGGUGGCUCGGGGGUGCUGGAGGAGCAGCUGGAGCCUGGGGUGGGAGUGGGGAGUGCUGGGGCUGGGGCUGCCCUGGGCACGGGACACGGCUGGGAUGGCUGAAAGGAACGGGGAUCAAGGUGGGGACGGGGAGCGAGGUGCGGGGCUGCCCCACUCAGCAGUGAUGCUUUCGGGAGACGGACAUUCUCCAAGAAUCCUUUAUUCACUUCUGUAAUGGCUUCAGUGGCACAAAGAUAAAAGUUGCACAAGUGUCUGUCCUUACAGUUCUGCUUACAAGAGCAUUGUACAAAGCUGGACCACAAUGACUAUUUCUCUAGUCCCACCGCUGAUCAAGGCAGAAUUUUUCCCUGUCAUGGGAUGUAUUCAGGGUCUCCCACGGGCUAAGCAACUCUCCCCUCAUGCAUUACUUUGAUACCCAUCAUACAUUACUUUCCUUUCCU